AUGAGCCUAAAACAGACGAGCAAGUAUGGGUCUCAAAAAUCUUUCAGGAACCACAACUAUACAUCCAGAAAUGACCUGAACUACGACAACAUCACCGACAGGUUCAUCUCAACCUUGGAAGAUAAUGGAAAUCAAGGGUAUUAUCGAAGCUUCAUUACCAAAUCUUCGGGGUUCCACAAUAAGCAAAAUGAGAUCAGGAGUCCAAUAACAGGCGAAAAUGGGUUUUUCGACAAUCCCUUUCUGAUUCGUGAUGAUAACUUUCUUCUGAGAUCCAAUCAGGAGUCGUCCACGAGACGAACUGGUAACCUGACAGAAGAUGAUAUUGCGAGACGAUUUGACGACCUUUCUGUCAACGACGGAUCAGAAUCAGAGCCAUUUCAUAAAGAGGACACCAGUAUCCACAAAGUUAGCGUUGCAAAAGCUUUGGGGUUUCGUAUCAAAUCGCGUAUCUUGAAUUUUAGACCGUCAAGAGUGUCCAAUCUGCGAAAGAAACCUAUUGGCGACAUGAUUGAGAAUAAACAGCCUUCCCAAUCGGAUAUAAGCGGUAGCACAAUUGCAAGUCCUCCUAGCUUGAGCAACACAUCAAAAGAAAAAAUUAAGACAGAGGUCAAAUUCAAGGUAUUGGAUGCUCCAGGGCUGAGAAACGAUUUUUAUGCCAAUGUAGUUUCUUGGGGCAGAAAGAGUGAUCGGAUUGCUGUAGGACUGGGGACUGUGGUUUACACCUGGAGCAACAAAACUGGCACAACACCACUGCAGACGAUAGAGGAGGUGAUUUCAUGCGUUUCAUAUAGUUACAACGAUAUCUUGGCUGUUGGAACAAAAACGGGCCGAGUUAUCAUAUACUCUGAAAAUGCAAGAACCAUCAACACAACAUCAAUCCUUAGGCCCAGCACAGGGAUUUGCUGUAUCUGUUGGAUCAAAGGCACAAACUCAUUUUUUGCAGGAGAUGAUCUAGGAGAAGUCACACUAUACGAGUUGAUUGAGAUAGAAAAUGGGCCGAAUUCACCUCAAUAUCGACUCACAGUGGGGUGCUCUUUCAAAUGCAAUGAACAGCAAAUCUGUGGUAUUGACAUAAGUCCGGACCGACAACAAGUGACCGUUGGAGGAAAUGACAAUUGCUGUACUAUCUGGGAUAUUAGAGAUCUGCACAAGCCCGUCCUAAAAUCUUGCCUUCCUCAUCAAGCAGCCGUCAAAGCCAUCGCGUAUUGUCCAUGGAUGCCACAUCUACUAGCCACUGGAGGAGGAUCUAAAGAUCGGAACAUCCGAUUCUGGCACACAAACACAGGGACUCUUCUCGACAAAAUUCAGACCAAGGGACAAGUUACGUCUUUAAUCUGGUCUAAGUCGAGGAAGGAAAUACUCGCAACCUUUGGAUUUGGUGACAACACAGAAAAGCCUAUUUUGAUAUCUGUUUAUUCGUAUCCAUCAAUGAAGUUGCAAGUCAAGCUGGCAUCGACAUCAAACAUUAGGGUAUUGAGUGCAGUUUCUUCCCACGACUCAAAAUCAAUUUGCACCGCAAUUAGCGACCAAUCUGUCCGGAUCUAUUCCAUUUGGAACUCUAAAUAUGACUUGACCAAUGGUGAAUACGAUAGCGGACUUUUUGGCAGCGAGCUCAUCGAGCUCGAAGAAGGGGUUGAUAGCAGCUUCGAGAUUAUAAGAUGA